GUCAGUAAUGACUGGAGAGAAAGGGGGGGAGAGAGAGAGAGAGAGAGAAAGAGAGAGGCACAUAAAGAUACAGAUAGACAGAAAAAUACAGACAGAUAGAUAGACAGAGGCAGACAGAAAGAGAGAGGAAGGGAUUGAGAGAGAAAGACAGAACGAGCCUGCUUGCCUGCAGGAUCUGUGAUCAGGCGGAUCUAUCUCUUCCCUCUGGAUGUCCCUCUGCCGACAGAUCAAACAUGUUCCAUGUUCUGCCUCUGGGUUGAAAUAACCAGCUGCAUUGCUAGGAUUGAAACAGGACAUCGUGGAUCUCAGUAUGGACAAGUUCCUGAGAGAGGGUUCCGCUGUGUGGCUUCGAGUGAAUGAUCAGCUGUUCCCAAGCUGUGUGAACAGCGCUUCCAAUGAGAUUGUCCAAUUCACCACAGAGUAUGGAGAGGUGCUGUCCUAUGAGCACGUUGCACUCUCCAGGGAGAUUGUUGUCCCAAUGCACCAAACCAGUAUUGAUGGGGUGGACGACAUGUCGAGUCUCGCAGAUCUACAUGAAGCUGCAAUUCUCUACAACCUCUUCCUCCGAUACAAACAGGAUAAGAUCUACACUAACAUUGGUUCGAUCCUGACUGCUGUAAACCCCUACAAAUGCAUCGAGAGUCUGUACAGUGCCAACACAGUUGAGUUAUACAGCAGGCACCAGCUGGGAGAGCUCCCACCACACAUUUUCGCAAUCGCCAACGAGUGUUACCGCUGCCUGUGGAAGCGUCAGGAUAGUCAGUGCAUUCUGAUCAGCGGCGAGAGUGGAGCCGGUAAGACAGAGAGUACAAAGUUACUGCUCCAGUUUCUGUCAGUAAUGAGCCAGAGAUCGCCCGGAGCAUCAUCCCAUGAGAGGAGUACACACGUGGAACAUGCCAUUCUGGGGAGCAGCCCAGUAAUGGAAGCCUUCGGAAACGCCAAAACAGUUUACAACAACAACUCCAGCCGGUUUGGGAAAUUCAUCCAGCUUCACUUCUCUCAGAAUGGGAACAUUCAGGGAGGUGCCAUCGUUGACUAUUUACUGGAAAAGAAUCGGGUGGUCAGACAGAAUCCAGCAGAGAGGAACUACCACAUCUUCUACGCACUGCUGGCUGGAACAGACACACAGCAGAAAGAGGCCUUGUACCUGUCAGAAGCAGAAUCCUAUCAUUACCUGGGACAGUCGAGGUGUGUGAGAGGCGAGAUUCUGGAAGACAAAGUGAUGUUUGAGAAAGUAAUGGAUGCUCUUUUGGUGAUGGAGUUUGACAGCGAGGAAAUCCAUGAUGUUUUCAAGUUGCUGUCUGGAGUGUUACAGCUUGGAAACAUUGAGUUCAUCACUGCUGGAGGUGCUCAGAUAUCAACUAAAGAAGUGCUCAGCAAUGUCAGUGAUUUGUUGGGUUUAGAUACCUUCCAACUCGCGGAGCUUCUGACUCAGCGUUCCAUCAUUCUGAGGGGAGAGGAGAUCAGCACCCCACUCACCACAGAACAGGCUGCUGAUUCCCGGGACUCCAUGUCCAUGGCACUAUAUUCCCAGUGUUUUUCCUGGAUCAUUAGGAAAAUCAAUGCAAAAAUCAAAGGGAAGGAGAGUUUCAAAUCCAUUGCCAUCCUUGAUAUCUUCGGCUUCGAGAACUUUGAGAUUAACCGGUUUGAACAAUUCAGCAUCAACUUUGCGAAUGAGAAACUGCAGGAAUAUUUCAACAAACACAUCUUCUCCCUAGAACAACUGGAGUACAACAGAGAAGGGAUGAGUUGGGAAGCAAUUGAUUGGAUGGAUAAUGCUGAGUGUUUGGACCUGAUUGAAAAGAAACUGGGCCUUCUUGCAUUGAUCAAUGAGGAGAGUCGCUUUCCAAAGGGGACUGACUGCACGCUACUCGAGAAGCUGCAUUCUCAGCACGGGAGUAACUCAUUCUAUGUGAAGCCACGGGUAACUGAUCAUCAAUUUGGAAUAAGACAUUAUGCUGGGGAGGUCAUGUACGAUGUCCGUGGAUUUCUUGAAAAAAACAGGGACACUUUUCGAGAUGAUAUUCUGAACAUGCUAAAGGACAGUAGACUGGACUUUAUCUAUGAUUUGUUUGAGAGAGUUUACAGUCGUAGUAAUGGGGAUGACACAGUGAAGGUGGGAACACAGAGACGGAAACCGACCGUUAGCUCCCAGUUCCGGGACUCUCUGCACUCACUAAUGGCGACACUCAGCUCAUCCAACCCCUUCUUCAUUCGCUGCAUCAAACCCAACAAGCAGAAGAUGCCAGAGCAGUUUGAUGAGGGGGUGGUUCGAAACCAGCUGCGUUACUCUGGAAUGCUGGAAAUGGUAAAAAUUCGACGGGCAGGAUUCCCAGUCCGACGGCCAUUCCAGGAAUUUUAUCUCAGAUACAAGAUGCUCCUGAAAAAUUGCAAUGUCCCAGAGGACGAUAAGGAGAGAUGCACAACACUGCUGAAACUUUACGACAGUUGCAAUUCUCACUGGCGUUUGGGGAAGAGUAAGGUUUUUUUGAAGGAAGCCUUGGAACAGAAGCUGGAGAAGGCUCGAGCGGAGGAGCUGCAGGGAGCUGCCAUGGUCCUGCGAGCUCAUAUCCUGGGCUAUCAGGCAAGGACACGCUAUAGGAAGGUCCUGGCCAGCUUGCUGAUCAUUCAGAAGAAUUACCGGGCACACUUCUGGAGAAAUGUCUUCUUACGUUUGCGCUCAGCAGCGAUUGUUUUCCAAAAACACCGCAGAGGUCAGCUCGCUCGCCGCCUGUUCUUGCAGCUGAAAGCUGAUAAGAGGAUGUUGGAGCAGCAGAGAGAGGAGGAAGAACAGAGAAGGAGAGAGGAGGAGGAAAGGCUGAGGCAUGAAGAGGAGGAGAGCAAAAGGAAGACAGAGGAGGACGAGAGACUGCAGAGAGAUAAUGGAAAGAGAUGUCAAGAAAUUCUACAAACAUCCCACCCUUCUGAUCAGAUGAGCGAAGAGAUGGUAUUGGUGGAGCCCGUCAGGAAAAUCGGGGAGCUGACAGAUUUGGCACAAGCAGAGAGCAAACAGAUACAGGAGAUUGUGCGACUGGAACACGAAAUCCAACGGCUGCAGAAUGAGAGGGGAUUGAGCUCUGUGAGUUCCUGUGCAUUAUCGCAGAGUGAGAUGGAGAGCAAAUGCAAGGAGGAGAUCAGACGCUUAGAGAAAGAAGCUUCCAGGGUAGUGCAGGAAUUCCUGGAGCUGCUGAACUUUGGAGCGCUGGACGAGAGUGGCCAAACUCUCGAACAAUCUUUGUCCAGUCGGGACAAUAUGGCUGCCAGUUCCAUUGGGCACUCUCCUGAGCAGAUGCUGGAUGAGGGAUUCCACAUUGAUCAAGAGAUGUCAACAGCUGCUCAUGCCAGUUGGACUAAUGGACAAGUGAGUCAGAGGCGAAGCAGCAACUGUUUGCAGGAGAGUGAAUGUAUGAACUUGCCUUUGUCCAAUAAACAACCUGAGCAUAGUUAUAACCUUCAGGACUGGAGCAGCAGCAGCACACCUGGUGUGGAGUGGGAGCGUGAAGAGAUUGAGCACAUUGGACGUGGAUCCUUGGAUACGACUGACGACAUCGAUGAGGAACCAAUUUACAGCCUUCCUCCUGACAUUGAGUCAGAUUAUGACCAUGAUGAGUUUGAUGAUCCUGUCACAGUUUACGGGGAUGCAGGAUGUGCCCAGGACGCUUUGAGAAUAUCCAACUUUACUUCCCGGAAUGUGGGCAUGAAUCGGUGCAGCUCCGAUUCGUUCAUGGACAGUGAGGAGGAGCUUGAUCUUCGAGUGGACACUGAUGAGGAGUUCAACACAUGUCGAGCACCCAUUGGCAAUGGGUUCAGGGCUCCAUACUUCCACGGUUACCUCUACAUGAAAGGAGGACUGAUGAUCCCAUGGAAACGACGCUGGUGUGUGCUGAAGGAUGAGAGCUUCAUGUGGUUCCGAGCCAAGCAGGAGGCCCUGAAGUCAGGCUGGCUGUACAAGAAGGGAGGGGGGAUGUCCACUCUGUCUCGACGCAACUGGAAACGCCGCUGGUUCGUGCUGCGCGAAUCCCGGCUCAUCUACUUUGAGAACGAUAGUGAGGAGAAGCUCAAAGGAACUAUCGAUAUCCGAGGGGCCAGAGAGAUUGUGGACAAUGGGGAGAAGGAAAAUGCUCUGGAUGUAGUGACGGGUGAGAGAACCUAUCACAUCGUCGCUGAGUCUCCUGAGGAUGCCAGUGACUGGUUCAAUGUACUGAGUGGUGUUCACAGUGCGACACAGCAGCAGUUACGAGAGAUGCGUGAUGAACAAGCUAAUCCAAAGAACGCAGUGGGCACUGUGGAUGUGGGAAUGAUCGAGUCAGUGUGUGCCUCUGAUAACCCCGACAGACCAAACUCAUUUGUGAUUAUCUUGGCCACCCGGGUGAUUCACUGUAACUCUGACACCCCUGAGGAGAUGCAUCACUGGAUAUCGCUGCUUCAGAAAUCCAAGGGAGAUGCCAUUAGUGAUGGACAGGACUUCAUUGUUCGAGGUUGGCUCCAUAAGGAGAUGAAGAGCAGUGCAAAAACCUCAUCGCUGAAACUGAAGAAACGCUGGUUCCUGUUAAACAAUAACUCAUUGGAUUAUUAUAAAUCUGCAGAACGCAGCUCAUCCAAGUUGGGGACCUUGGUGUUGAACAGCCUCUGCUCUGUUAUUCAACCUGACGAUAAAUCCUUCAGAGAAACAGGUUACUGGCACUUUGUGAUUCAUGGCAGGAAGCAUUCGUAUCGCCUUUAUACCAAGUUACUGAAUGAGGCAAUGCGCUGGACUACUGCCAUUCAGAAUGUCAUCGACAACAAGGUUCCCAUAGAAACCCCGACCCAGCAGCUGAUCCGUGACAUCAAGGAAAACAGUGUGAAUUCGGAGAUUGUGGAACAGACAUACAGAAGGAACCCAAUCCUACGUUAUACCCAACAUCCACUGCACUCCCCACUCCUGCCGUUACUAUAUGGGGAUAUUAACCUAAAUGUGCAAAAGGAAAAAGGAUACACGAGUCUGCAGGACGAGGCUGUCAGGAUCUUCAAUUCACUGCAGGAGCUGGAGGCCAUUUCCGAUCCCAUUCCCAUUAUUCAGGGAAUUCUCCAAACCUGCCAGGAUCUGAAGUCACUACGGGAUGAGGUUUACUGUCAGCUGAUCAAACAAACCAACCAUGUGCCUCAUCCGAAUAGCACAGGGAAUCUGCACCACUGCCAGCUGCUCAGCUGCAUGAGCUGCACCUUCCUUCCCAGCCGCUCCAUUCUUCGCUACCUCAAGUUCCACUUGAAGAGGAUUAAAGAACAGUUCCCCGGAACUGAGUUAGAGAAAUACGCCCACUUCAUUAAUGAAUCCCUAAAGAAAACCAAAGCACGAGAGUUUGUGCCGUCCCAGGAGGAGAUCCAGGCAUUGAUCAGCCGCCAGGAGAUGGUGACCACUGUUUACUGUCACGGGGGAGGAUCGUGUAAAAUCACCAUUAACUCACAUACGACAGCUGGAGAGGUUGUGGAAAAGUUAAUCCGAGGCCUGGCGAUGGAGGACAGUCGCAAUAUGUUUGCCCUGUUUGAACAUAGUGAGCAUGGAGACAGGGCCAUCGAGAGUAGGGUCAUCGUCGCAGACAUUCUGGCAAAAUUCGAGAGGGUGAUGAUGAGUGCAGAGCGUGUGGACAGACUAUGGGGCCUUUAUUUCAAACUCUACUGCUUCCUGGAUGUGGAGAAUGUGGCCAAGAAUGGAGUGGAAUUUGCAUUCAUGUUCGAACAGGCCCAUGAAUGUUUGCUGAGUGGACAUUUCCCUGCACCAGAAGACACCCUCCAGCUUUUAGCAUCUUUGAGAUUGCAAUACAUCUAUGGAGACUACAACAAGGGCUCCUUGAAUCUCCAGGAAGUUUAUCCAGUCUCCAAGCUGAGGAACAAAAUCUUCCAAUCCACAAAAUUCAACUCCCAGACCCUGGAGAAGAGGAGGACGAGUUUCUUGGAGGGGACAUUGCGCCUUAGCCUUCGUACAGGCUCGGUGAAGAAACAGAAGAUGGAAGAAGAGCAAAUGCUGGAGAUGUGGCUGAAAGAAGAGCUGUCGGCUACUCGCACAAGCAUCGUGGACAAGUGGAAGAGGCUCCGGGGGAUGAAGCAGCAGCAAGCCAUGCUGAGGUACAUGGCAAUUAUCAUGGAAUGGCCAGGAUAUGGUUCAACUCUCUUUGACGUUGAGUGUAAGGAAGGUGGAUUUCCCAAUGAACUGUGGUUGGGGGUCAGUGCUGAAAAUAUUUCUAUCUACAAGCGGGGUGAUGCCCGGCCACUGGAGACCUUCCAGUACGAGCACAUUGUAUUCUUUGGCGCUCCGCUCCCAAACACCUACAAGAUCACAGUGGAUGAACGGGAACUGUUCUUCGAAACUCCACAGGUGGGUGAAAUCACUAAGAUAAUGAAGGGUUACAUCAACAUGAUCGUGAAGAAACGCUACAGCAUCAAAUCAGGUGUCACUCACCGCAAUGAGGCCAGUGCUUGGACUAGAUGAGCAGGACUCUUCCCAGCCUCUCCGCAGCCCCUCCCCUCCCCCCACCAACACCCCUUCCCUCACCCAUCCAUCCCCACUCUUCCCUGGCCCCCAGAUAGUAUGGUAACCUCUGGGAUUUAGCCUGGAUCCCUCCCCAGGGAGGCUCAUUGCUGAUCUCGAGCUGGGUUUGCAUCAUCUUUUCAUGCUUAAUUUAUGCCUCAAUGGACUUCACGUUGAUCAGAGUGGCACCAGUUCUACAGGAGCUGCAAUUCCACUCUGACACUGAGGACACAUUGAGAAUGGGGAGGGGUCCUAGAGCAGAAUGAAGCUGCCAACUUUGCAGGAUUGUACCAGGAACUCCGGGAAAUUGAAGACUGAUCUCUAGAGAAGGCGGAAAUAUUGACUAAGGGAGAGACAAUUGGCCUUUGAGACAGGGCCUCCCAAAAAUGGACCUUUUGAUUGACCAGUGGUGGAGACGGGGCAGUUGGAGUUGGGAUGCCGUGUGAUGAGAUCUCUGGGAAUAUAUCCAGUCAGAAUCGGCGUUCCAGACGAGAGAUGAGGAGAAGCUAGGACAGAGCCGAUAUCGGAAAAUUGAUCCCAUCCUGACACAGCUGCCUUCAACUUCCCCCUCAAGGUCUCCACGCAAGCUCGGCCUGUAAUACUGCGGGCAGUGUUGCCGAGAGAAAUCCAGCACAGGCACGAUGGACUGAAUGGCCUCUUUCAGUGCUGUUCCAUUCCAUGAUUCUUUGUUAAUGGUUCCUGCUGUUCAGAGGGUGUUUCUCUCUCUCUCUACCUGUCUCUCCCUGUUUCUCUUUUGUUUGUGUGUCCCUCUCUGUCCAUCGCUCUCUCUAUCUCUCUCUGCCU